AUGCUUGCCCAUGGCACGGACUCCCAUGACUUGAAGACAGCUAUGGAUUCUCCCGACCUGAAAAAUGGCCUCUUCUCGCCCUCCCGGACGUCUGGACCUCGCCAGUCCCCGACUUCGGACUCUCUUCCUACCAAAUACGAACCCGAAGUGAAAGAGGAAUCUGUUAUCAUGGAGGAAAAGAUUGGCGACAUCGUCAAGGACGAGAUCGGCCAGCCGCCGAAGCUGUCGCGGAGUUCAUCCAAGAUCGCCCCGAGGCCACCGCAGCUUUUCUCGCAUCUGCCCGACAGCACCGAUGAUGCGUUGGCCACAUUCUCGCAGAUCGAAGAGUGUUGGUAUGCGAACAAAAAUAUGGGCUAUACUGAACAUGCUAUGGAGUGUGAAUGUGCUGAGGAGUGGGACGCCGAAAGUGGCAAAAACCUGGCCUGUGGAGAUGAUUCCGACUGCAUCAAUCGAUGGACCAAGAUUGAGUGUCUUGGAGACUGUGGUUGUGGCGCCGACUGCCAGAACCAACGCUUUCAAAAAAAACAAUAUGCGCCGGUGUCGGUCAUCAAAACCGAGAAAAAGGGAUUUGGACUACGAGCCGAAGUCAACCUCGAGCCGAAUCAGUUGAUCUACGAAUAUGUGGGCGAGGUGGUGGGUGAGGCCCAAUUUCGGAAACGGAUGCGCGAUUAUGAUGACCAGGGUAUCAAGCACUUUUACUUCAUGUCUCUGAACAAGGGCGAGUUUGUCGAUGCGACCAAACGGGGUAAUCUGGGCCGAUUCUGCAAUCAUUCUUGCAAUCCCAAUUGCUAUGUCGAUAAGUGGGUGGUUGGAGAGAAAUUGCGCAUGGGCAUUUUCGCCGAGCGCGCGGUACAGGCGGGUGAGGAACUGGUCUUCAACUAUAACGUGGACCGAUAUGGUGCCGAUCCGCAACCAUGUUACUGUGCCGAGCCGAACUGCACUGGGUUUAUUGGUGGUCGGACACAGACAGAGCGCGCAACGAAACUGUCGAAUGCCACGAUCGAAGCCCUGGGUAUAGACGAGUCCGAGGGCUGGGAUACCGUGGUGGCCCGGCGUCCGAAGAAGAAGAAGACCGAGGAGGACGAUGAGGAGUAUGUGGACAGCGUGCAGCCGAAGUCAUUGGAUGAGGAUGGUGUGACCAAGGUCAUGGCGGCGUUGAUGCAGUGCCAGGAGAAAUGGAUUGCCGUCAAGCUCCUGGGGCGGAUCCAACGCUGCGAGGAUGAGCGGGUGCGGAAUCGCGUCGUGAAGAUGCACGGUUAUCAAAUCCUCAGCUCGCAGUUAGCCAUGUGGAAGGGAGAUCACAAUGUGCUGCAGCAGAUCUUGGAUAUCUUGGACACUUUCCCUCGCCUUACCCGCAAUAAGAUCAUCGACUCCAAGAUCGAGGACAACAUCCGGCCAAUUACGGAGUGCGAUGACGAGCGAGUGGCCCAGAAGGCGACCGCGCUAUUAGCUAGCUGGGCCAACCUGGCAGUUGGUUACCGCAUUCCGCGGAUGAAACGGGGCGAACAGGCAAAGCAAGCUGUGAACCAAUUUGAACGACGCGAAUCUGGCCGCGAGCAGCGCGCGCGAUCUGCCACACGUUCUCCAUCACCCGAGCACAAACAAAAUCAACCGAAGAACCGACGCGAGCCUCACAAUCGGCCACCACGACCUAAUCGGCGCAUUCGUCAGCAGCAGCAGCCCUUGCCCGAUGGUUGGUAUACUGCCAAGGACGAAGCAGGUCGCACGUAUUACUAUUCCGCAUCGAAAGAUGUGACAUGGGACCGGCCGACUGCUCCCGCUCCUGGUCACCCUGCAGUGAACAAGACCAAUUCGCUGUUGCAGAAUAUUAUCGAUGGGAUCAUGAACACGCAGGAAAAAACCCCUUCCGAACGAAAGAGUGAAACGCCCGGUACCCCCCAGACAUUCGAACGACCAGAGAAGAAAAAGCGGGAAGCGGACUGGUGGAAGAAGCUCGAUAUCCAGAAGCAAAAGAAGCUCUAUGAGAAUACACUUCAUCCCCAUAUCAAGGCCGUGGUCGAUCAAUACAAACACAAGAUUCCGAAAGAGCAUCUGAAGCGGUUCGCCAAAGAGACGGCCAAAAAACUUGUCGAAAGUGACUACAAGAGGAACAAGGUGUCCGACCCGACCAAGAUCAGCGAUAAGCACCAACAGACCGUCAAAUCAUUUUGCACCACCUUCUUCGACAAAGCCGCACAAAAGCACAAGGAGCGCGAGAGGCGCAAGUCCGGAAACCCCGUAGACGAGGACACGAAGAUGUCCGAUGACGAGGCUGAGCCUUCAGGAACCGGCGCGGCUACAUCGCCAAUGGACGACGAUGCAUCAUCACUGAAGCGCAAGUUCUAUGAUCGCAUGGAUCAAGACCCAGACCACCUCACUCCCGUCGAAGAUGGAAGUACCUCUUCCAAACGACAAAAAUCCACUCCUCCUCCGCCUUCUUCGAGAGAUUCUGUCGAGUCAAAGGAUGAUCCAUCGCCUCCACCACCGCCUCCUCCCCCUAAGUUCCCGGAGAAUGGACAUGGACAUGGGUAUGAGGAUGUGGAGAUGAAUGAGGUAGCUCCUUCGCAGAUUGAAGUAUAA